UCUUUAGUCGACUCCAGCCAGGUGUCCACCUUUCUCAUCUCCAUUCUUCUCAUCGUUUAUGGCAGUUUCAGGUCAUUAAACAUGGACUGUGAAAACCAAGAGAAGGACAAAGACGGCAACCCUACUACAACGGGGUCCUUCAACAACAGCAACACAAACAACAGUAUUCAGACUAUAGACUCGACACAGGCACUGUUCCUACCCAUAGGAGCCUCCGUGUCUCUGCUAGUCAUGUUCUUCUUCUUUGACUCGGUCCAGGUGGUCUUCACCAUCUGCACAGCAGUGCUCGCUACAAUUGCUUUUGCUUUCCUCUUGUUGCCAAUGUGCCAGUAUCUGACUAGGCCCUGCUCACCACAGAACAAGAUUUCAUUCGGCUGCUGUGGCCGCUUCACUCUGGCAGAGCUUCUGUCCUUUUCCCUCUCUGUCAUGUUGGUGCUCAUCUGGGUGCUGACCGGACAUUGGCUCCUCAUGGAUGCAUUAGCCAUGGGCUUGUGCGUGGCCAUGAUCGCCUUUGUGCGGUUGCCCAGUCUGAAGGUGUCGUGCCUGCUGCUGUCGGGGCUGCUCAUCUAUGACGUGUUCUGGGUGUUCUUCUCGGCCUACAUCUUCAACAGCAACGUGAUGGUCAAAGUCGCCACACAACCUGCAGAAAACCCCAUUGACGUCCUGUCCAGGAAGCUGCACCUGGGGCCAGGGAUGGGGCGUGACGUCCCCCGCCUAUCCUUACCUGGAAAACUGGUCUUUCCCAGCUCCACAGGAAGUCACUUCUCAAUGCUGGGAAUCGGAGACAUUGUGAUGCCCGGGUUGCUCUUGUGCUUCGUCCUGCGCUACGACAACUACAAGAAGCAAGCGAGCGGGGAGCCGUCCGGACCAGGGAACAUGUCGGGACGUAUGCAGCGGGUCUCCUAUUUCCACUGCACUCUCAUUGGAUACUUUGUAGGUCUUUUGACGGCCACCGUGGCAUCCAGGAUCCAUCGCGCUGCUCAGCCUGCUCUGCUCUACCUGGUGCCCUUCACCCUGCUGCCUCUGCUCACUAUGGCCUACCUGAAGGGGGAUUUGCGGCGCAUGUGGUCUGAGCCCUUCCAUGCCAAGCCCACCUCCCGUUUCCUGGAGGUAUGA